AUGCCUCGCGUGCCAUACCAUCAUGAUAUGGAAUUCGCUAACUUCAGAAAUCAUUAUACGAGUCUGCAGAGGCUAGCUUUGGAGCCUCAAUUUUUUCACCUUCAGCAACAUUUCUUCAAGUUUACAGAACCGCUAGAACUUACCACUGCUAUUCCUCUGGAUCUUAGUGUCAAGAAUCAACAUAAUCAAUCGCCGAUUACUCCGCCGUGCACUCCAUCUCCUGGUAGCAAGAGAAGUCACCAAUCUCCGACACCAGAACUACCGUUCAAGAAAUCGAAAAUAACUCCAACUUCAGCCAAAAAAGUUAAAGCUAUCCGGAAACUUAAUUUUGAAGAAGACAACACUUCACCGGUUUCAGGAACUAUAAUUCGGGAAUUACGACCUGAUGAAAAUCUAGUAGUAAGAAAGGGCGACAUAGACCCAGCAUUUAACGUUGUUGAAAUCACCGAAGAGGCCAAGGCCGAAUUAGCUAAGAUUGAAAAUUUAAUAGGAGAUUAUGUGUGUAGGCUGUGCAGAGAGUUGUACGAAGAUGCCUUCGGAUUGGCUCAGCACAGAUGUUCUAGAAUCGUUAAUAUCGAAUACAGAUGUCCUGAGUGUGAUAAAGUUUUUAAUUGUCCCGCAAAUCUGGCUUCACAUAGAAGGUGGCACAGGCCUCGGCAAACGAAGGACGCAAAACUGGAGGACCAUGGUGAAGGAGAGUCGGAAUCAGACGAACAAUUCCAAUGCUCCGAAUGCGGCAAGCGCUUCCGCAGAAUCGCUUACCUAAAAAAGCACCAGUCGAUGCACCAGCUUGAAUGA